GGACCCUUUGGUGCUGGGGACAUACAGGACUGAGGGCCAGAACGGAGCCUGAACCCCGCCCGCAGCUAGUGGGAGGCCACCGAGAGGGCCUGGGGCGGAGACCCAGAGCUGGGAGGGUCUCCCGAGGGCCGGGCCCAGCCCGCGAGCCCAGACGUGGCGCAGUGGCCCGGCGACUCUCCUCCAGCCGGCGGACUGUCCGCGGUGGCUUUCGAUGAUCCUCCAGCUGCCUCCGCGGCCUCUGUGGCUGUUAUUCGCGGCCCUCGCGGCCGCCACCACUACCUUCCGGCCCGACUGGAACCGUCUGCACGGCCUGGCCCGAGCCCGGGUAGAGACGUGUGGGGGAUGACAACUGAAUCGCCUGAAGGAGGUGAAGGCCUUUGUCACCCAGGACAUCCCAUUGUACCACAACCUGGUAAUGAAACACCUCCCAGGCGCCGACCCAGAACUGGUGCUGCUGGACCACCGCUAUGAGGAGCUGGAGCGAAUCCCACUAAGUGAAAUGACCCGCGAGGAGAUCAACGCGCUCGUGCAGGAGCUCGGCUUUUACCGCAAAGCGGCGCCCGACGCGCCUGUGCCCCCCGAGUACCAGCGGGCGCCCGCUAGGCCCGCCGAAGACGCUCCUGACCACUCGGAUUUGUAGGUCCAGGCUCGUGAUACCAUCCUCCCACUCUUCCCCUCCCCAACGCCCGAGCCCUGGGGACAGAAUGAAGCGCUCAGCGUCUCGGGAGCACCUCCCUCGUUGGGUGUCGACACCCCGCGUCCCCAAGCCAGCAGGGAUGAGUUGGGGGUACCCCUUUACUCCUUCCUUCUCUUCCUAGCACCAUUAAAUCUUCUUAACUGA